CUAAAUCAAUGUCGAUGAUUUGCAUAUGUGCGUCAAGAGAAUGUCUGUGUGCAGACAGACAGACAUAUUCACAUCACCAUACCACGCACAGACAGACGCAUACACACGCAUACAGCCGGUUAGUUAGGUUGGUCACUCAGUCACAGCAGCCAGUCCCUAACGCCCCGCCCUGCUCCUUCUUGCCCUUGGAUGAGGGCGGCUCGCGAAGUGCGUCGGUGAAGAGCGCCACGCCCAUCACCAGACCGCCCACGACAGCAAAGAACAACCCCUGCACACACAGAGAAUGCAGCCGCAUGAAUCUCGGCCAUACGUCGGUAUGUCUGUGUGCGAUUGGCGAGCGCACCACUUCGAAGAGCAUGGCGAUGAGCAUAAGGCCAUAAUCGAGAGAGAAUGAUAACGCCGCCAGACCCGCUCUCACACAGUGCUUCAUUGCCACCGGUCGUGGGCCGCCUCCCGUCAGCUCCCACCAGGUCUCCAGCCGCCCUCUGUACAGCCGCAGAAACACCGACGCCAUCCCGGCAGCAAAGAUUAUCAGACACGCACCCAAAUACUGCCAGACAGACACGGACCCAAAUACUACAGACAUGUGCGGCGAGAUCUGUCCAUUUGCGUGUGUGUGUUGGCUGACCUCUCCAGUGUUGUUCGUCUGCCAGAAGGAGAAGAGUAUGGUGUUCUGGACACUCAUGUGGAAUGUCAUCGAGUGGUGCUGGUGGUGGCUGCUGUGGUCGUCCGGCUGGUGGGGGUGAUGCAACCUGUCAGCAUCUGAAAGGCCUCGCCUCUCUUCGGUGUUGUGAUCUGACGAUGAAUUGUUUCCUCUCUCGGCCCUCAGAUGCACCACAUGGCACAGCACACUCGCCGCAUACAUCCAAUGACGAGAAUGCAUCUUGGCGGAU